AUGGCGACCCCCAACGUCUCCUCGGUGCCCUCACCGCCUCAGCCUCGCGCUCUGGUCCGCCAUUACCAGGCCCCCGAGCCCGUCACCGACGUCCCCGGCUGCUCCAUCUUCCUCUGCGGCGCGAUCGAGCACGGGUCCGAGCGCUGGCAGGAGCGCGUCCACCUCGCACUCGCCGCCCGCGUCACCGCCGACGUCACCCUCUUCGACCCGUACCGGCAGGACUGGGACGAGACGUGGCGGAACUCGGCGGACGACGCGCGGUUCGCGGCGCAGACGGAGUGGGAGCUCGCACAGCUCGGGCGCGCGGACGUCGUCGCGGUGCAUCUCCCCCGGGCGCCCGGCCUGGACGCGCCGGCGUCGCUGCUCGAGCUCGGGCUCGCGGUCGGCGCGGGCAAGCGCGUGGUCGUGUGCUGCCCGGACGGGUUUGGGCGGAAGGGGAACGUCGAGGUCGUGUGCCGGCGAUGGGAGGUGACGCUGGUGGAGACCGUCGAGGCCCUGGUCGAGGUGCUUGCGGGGGAGGUCGCGAAGGGACGAUGA